GCAUAAGAUUGGCGAAAAACCUAAUAUACAGUUCCUAGGAAAUGAUGGGCAUCUCAGCAUUCCAUCCAUCAACGGAGUGGCCAGAUUCACCUUUAGCGUCUCCAGCAGCCAGGACAUGGAGGGUUCCCAGGGUGGUUUCGAGCUUGCUCAACAGACCGGCCCUAAAAGCCUCGAGAGCCUCGGCGCUAUACCAUACAAGAUGCGGAUACAGGCAAACGAUGACGUUUACGAGACCACCAGGCACAGAAUGGCGGUCGUUGAGGAGAAUAACAAGAACAAAUGCACGAGGGUGAUUAAGGCGAACGGUCCAGAUAUCGGACGCAAGGUGAAAGUGAAAGGAACCGGAAGAACAAUACCUCCUCCGUCAUCGUAUGCAAGGCAUCGGGAAUCUACGAUGAGCAUUCCAACUUCCGGCAAUAGUCAGCCCAAAGCCUCAACCAACAAGCCGAUCGCUAAUAGUAGUAAUAAUAAUAGUAGCCAUCUAUCGGCGGCUCACAAUCAAGAGAAAAAACCAGUUUCUGACAUUAUGCGCAGGCCACUUAAGGAAAGACUUAUCCAUGUUCUUGCUUUGAGGCCCUAUAAAAAGCCCGAGCUUUACGAGCGCAUCAAAAAAGAGGGUUUGAGAGAACGAGAGCGACCCGUCAUGCAGACGCUUCUAAAGCAAGUAGCUUACAUGCGUGACAACACGUAUCACUUGUAUAGGCACAUCUGGAACGAUGUGCAGGAGGAUUGGCCUUUCUAUACCGAGCAGGAAAGGACAAUGUUGAGGAGGCGGAAACCUCAAAACCUUACUCCACCCGGCUCGAGCGACGGCGGUUCCAGCGGCAGUGGUCAGUCGCCCAAUUCCAUUCAUGCGGGCUCACCGCCGGCUAUCACGGCACCUCCGCCCAAUUUGGUUAGUAACAAGAGACCAGGAUACUAUCAGGGUAACGACGGACUACCAACGAAGAAGCCGCGGAUAUCGCACUAUAAGAGACCCGAGCCUAUCUCCUUCAUCCCUGCUGGCGAAAGGCUAUCAGGCAGCGGCAGUUAUAGUAAUAAUAACAGUGGUGUUAGUGCAACCGCUGGUGGCGACCGUAUCGUCGAUCGUACCACCAGCGUUAAUAGUGGUUGUGGUAACAGCAAUAGUGGUGAUGGUAAUAAUAGUAACAACGGCGGUAGCGGUUUCGACGGUUGGGAAUCGAGGCAGCAAUUGCAACGCAGCAGCAUCAACCGCAUCGAAUACCGGGCCGAAAGGACAGCAAAUAGUGACGUACUGCGGGGUACUGGGAACGUCUAUAGUGAAGUCUCCGCUAUCACCGCAGUUCCAAACGACUCCAAUCGAUCAUUGUGCUUGACACCGUUGUCGCCUGAUGAUAGUGAAAGGGGCAACCACCAUCCGAAUGGGGAUAGACACGACGGCGGUGUCAUUAUGGCCAAUGAAAUUGCGAGCAACAUGAUUGACCACAUCGACAGGAGAGACAGGAGCGAUAGGAGUCGAGGCGCGAGAGAAGAGAGAAACAGAGAGAGGGAAUUCAGGAAUAGAAGUAGUAUCACUAGUUAUGCAGGUAUCUACGGUGAAACCUCUAGCGCUCCUAUUUAUACCGAUAAUGCCAUUGGUACCACUGCGAUCUUGCUGCCGACUGAUGGAUUCGAAAGGUUGGGAAGUACCGGGCAAUACGUCGACUAUCGCACGGAAUAUACAACAAUAAGCAACCCGGAACAGAAAAGGCGUUACAAAGAAGAGUUCAACGCGAACUAUGAUGAAUAUCGUAGGUUACACUCCCAAGUACUCGUAACUGCAAAUCGCUUCACGCAUUUGUAUACACUAUUGCAAGAUCAAAAGAAAUCGGGCAACAUGAUCGAGAGUGAGGAAACUAAAGAACAGAUAUAUCGCGAGUACAAAGAGACUAAACAGAAUCCAGUAUACCAGCAGAUGAAGGAACGAUUUGACUAUCUGCACAAUAAGCUGAGCCAUAUAAAACGACUGAUCUUAGAGUACGACAGUGAGAACGCCGCCGGCAGAAUGUCGAUUCCGAAUACCAUUGAUAACGGUAUAAUUAGUAACUCCAUGAACAUCGGCAGCAACAACAUCGGGGGUAUCGAUCAUCGGCAUUACUGACAUAAACUGAAAAGACCGCCUCUUAUUCCUCCCCUCUUCCUCGAUUCUGUCAACGUUGCCGUAGAAUCUGCAUUUUCUCGGCAUGUUCUAAGGCUGAUCUUUCACGGUCCAUAUGGUUCCUGUGUUCUAUCACCGGAAAGUCAAGUGACUCGAAAUGGCUCGAUGCAAGAUCUCGUGUACAAUAUUUGUCAUAAAGCAUCUUGCAAUGAUGAAUAUACAUCGUACGCGAAAUACUCUUCCUGCAAAUCUUCCCCACGUCUCCGUUGCAAGAGUCGUCGAUUGCGACAAUUUCCACGACGGCGACGGUCUCGCCGACUCUCGUCAUCACGGUAAGGCUCGCGCAUCAACUUCGAUCAAUACUAAAUACUGCAUGAAGGCUAUUGACAAUCGAGUACAUUCAAGAGAUAGAUACCCAUUCGGAAUAUAGAAAAAUGAAAAUAAGGGCAUUCUGAUGAUCAGCGAACAUAAAAUUGUGCGGGGACGUAUGGAGAUUUAAAGCUGGUCCUGUAACGACUGAGGAAGACAUUGUAGAAAAUCGAAGAGAGAAGAGGCGCAACGGGAAAGACGUAGUUAAACUCUAUAAUAAGUUACUUACCGUGCGCACGUCCAAGUGUCGUCCACUUUAAGAGUACGUAAAUAAAAAAAAGAAAAAAAAAUGAUAUGAUUGUGAGAAGAGGGUCCAAGAGAUAAUAAGGCUUACCGCGUGCCACGUCCGGGUUUCUUUUUGUCCGCCGGAAGGAGAAAAGAAAACUGGCUCGCAAAACACUUAUAACAUAUACAUGCAUACUCUUUAUCCAUGAGCUGGUACGAAUCUCGCUCGCGAUUCGUGCGUUGCUCAUCGCAACUUGAGAAAGGGCUUGAAAAAAAAAAAGAAAAUCGGGUUACCUUCCUGUAUGUGAGAGAGAGAUCAUAGUACUUCGUGAAUUUAAGAUUCUUUGUUACUUCUUCGUUCUUUUUUGCCUUCGCUGAUAUGUUCUAUGAUAAUGUAUUGAUUAUCUGAUAGGUAUGGUCGGUUGACAAGAAAAAAAAACGAGACGAUAAACAGCCUUAAGGGAAAAGAAAAUAAAAGCAAAAGAAAUUUAAUGAUCGCGUAAAUUAGCAACUCAAGCAAGUAAAAAUGUAUAUAAUUUUAACUAUUUUUUAAGUUACGUAAACUAGUGAAUUUUUUAGAGGCCAAAUCACUUUGAUUUUAUAACGGUUUUGAUUAUAAAAAGAUAUGGUAUAUACAAUA